AUCCCGAGACCAGACGGGGGUGGGCGCCAGGGCUGGGAAAGGACACGGCAGCCAGAGCCAAAGCCCUGGGUCAGGGCUCGUUUGUUCGUUCAUUUAUUCAUCUGUGCCCUCUUCCGAGGCAGCAUGGACCAAGAAAGACUUGGUUUCAAGUGUCAGUUCUGCCUGCCGCCUGCUGUGUGACCUUGGAUCCAUCGCUUAACCUGUCUGAACUUUUGUUUCCUCUGCGCGAUGCGGAUUACAGCAGCCGACGCCUGGAGUGUCUGAGGUCGAACGAGCCCGUGCCCUUGUGAGGCUGGCAUGCAGGAUGGCAGGACAGCCCAGCCACAUGCCCCAUGGAGGGAGCCCGAACAACCUCUGCCACACCCCGGGGCCUGCGCACCCUCCUGACCCACAGAGACACCCCAGCACCCUGUCUUUUCGCUGCUCGCUGGCGGACUUCCAGAUCGAGAAGAAGAUAGGCCGAGGACAGUUCAGCGAGGUGUACAAAGCCACCUGCCUGCUGGACAGGAAGACAGUGGCUCUGAAGAAGGUGCAGAUCUUUGAGAUGAUGGACGCCAAGGCCAGGCAGGACUGCGUCAAGGAGAUCGGCCUCCUGAAGCAACUGAACCAUCCAAACAUCAUCAAGUACCUGGACUCGUUUAUCGAAGACAACGAGCUGAACAUCGUGCUGGAGCUGGCCGACGCGGGCGACCUCUCGCAGAUGAUCAAGUACUUUAAGAAGCAGAAGCGGCUCAUCCCCGAGAGGACGGUGUGGAAGUACUUCGUGCAGCUGUGCAGCGCCGUGGAGCACAUGCACUCGCGUCGCGUGAUGCACCGAGACAUCAAGCCUGCCAACGUGUUCAUCACGGCUACAGGCAUUGUGAAGCUUGGUGACCUCGGUCUGGGCCGCUUCUUCAGCUCCGAGACCACCGCAGCCCACUCCCUAGUUGGGACGCCGUACUACAUGUCGCCGGAGAGGAUCCAUGAGAACGGCUACAACUUCAAGUCCGACAUCUGGUCCCUGGGCUGUUUGCUGUACGAGAUGGCAGCUCUCCAGAGCCCCUUCUAUGGGGAUAAGAUGAACCUCUUCUCCCUCUGCCAGAAGAUCGAGCAGUGCGACUACCCGCCGCUCCCCGGAGAGCACUACUCAGAGAAGUUACGAGAACUGGUCAGUAUGUGCAUCUACCCUGACCCCGACCAGAGACCUGACAUCGGAUAUGUGCACCAGGUGGCCAAACAGAUGCAUGUCUGGACAUCGAGCACCUGAGCGGAUGCACCAGGCCUUACCGAAAGCCAGCACCACCCUGCCUUGAGUCUUCUUCUCUCUGAAGUGGCUACCUGGUAGCUUAGAACAGCUAAGACAACAGGGUUCAGCAAGUUCCCCAAAAGGGGGCCCAGCUUUACAGCAGAUGCUGAAUGCAGAGCGGCCGGGGGGAGGGGCGCUGAUGGUCAGAUUCAAAAGUCCUUUCUUCAUAGUGUUGUGGACAAUCUCAGCUGGGUUCACAAGGGUAGGUGGUUCUGCGAGCCACUGAAGCCCCCCGUAUCUGGAUUGUAAUGUGAAUCUUUAGGAUAUUCUUCCAGUCACCUGUCAAGGUUUAUGCUAAUAGACUUGCAGGAGACUGUGUGAUUUGUGUAGUGAGCCUUUGAAAAUGGUUAGUACCAAGUUCAGUUUAGCUCUUAGUAUCUUUUCAAACAAUCAAGCUGUUGUGCUUAAUUUACUCUGUUGUAAAGGGAUAAAGUGGAAAUAAUUUUUUUAAGUAGAAUGGAGAUUUUGCUAAUAUUUUUAUCUACGUUUUAUAACUUGAUGAAUGACCAUGAGGAGACCCCAGCAUCUGGCACAGAACUUCUCGAGGCAAAUGGUGUUUGAAGCCAGGAGUGUUUUCCUUGCAGCCUGGUUGAGCUCAAGGCCUGAUCAGUGUUAACUGUCCUCCCCUCCAUGGGAUAUAGAAAACUUAAGGGCUCUGUCCUCAGGCUGUCCUUUACAAAUUCUGGUUCUGCAACGUCCUAGUGUGACUUUGGGCAAGUUUCUUAGCUGUUCUGAGCCUUAGUUUCCUCAUCUGUAAAAUGGGAUUAAUAGUAUCUACCUUUAGCGUUGCUGACAGAAUUUGAAAUGAAAUACGCAAGUUAGCUAACACAAUGUAGAGGACCCCAAAAUGGCAGCCCCUCUCUCCUUCACAAAACUGAAGUCCACAGACCAUGUAAGUCAAGAAUUAAAGUACAACUGUAAUAUGUAUAGGAAACCAGAAAAUGUGUUCAUUUAUUUCUUGUUCCCAAAUAGGAUUAACUGUGAAGACUAAUUUAUGAAUGUGAACUUAAGAAAACUCUGAAGGAAAUAGUUUGAAUUUUGUUUUUCUACUCAAGUUAACCCUCAAUGGUCUACGCUGUCGUCCCUGACCAGAUGACAGUUUGGCCCUCCAGAGAGCACCACUGGCGUCCUGGGCAGGCGCUUCCUCACACUCACCUGGCUGCCUACAGCAAACCCGCUGACCAGGCCUCCCUGCGAUGACCCCAGGCUGGGCCGCUGCUCUGCUGCCGCGUGUGGACUCGGUUCUACUGUGACACUGUCGGCUCGGGGGACUCUCCAGAUGCAGCCUGUCCUCUGUACUUGUUCUCCAUGUUUGAAAUAAAAUGGGGUGAGGAGUCACUUCUGUGCAAGGGUA